UCAUUAACCGCUUGAAAAAAAACCAAUCCGCAUCGCUUCUCUUUUGGAAUUUAUUGUACUGUAACAAGGCUUGCUUUCCUAAUUCACGACGAAAAUUUUGUAAAAUCGGGCCCAAUCAUAAUCAACAAACGUUUAGAGAUGAGUGAUUAGCGCGGCGGCUCCUUUGUUUACUAUUUACACGGCUCCUGAGACCAAGCAUCGUGGAAUCCGGAUCAAUAUUGGUGAGCGUGUUAUGAGUACAGCGACGCAUUGCAAAUGGAGACCAAAUCCGGUGUAGGAAUUCAAGACCAUUGGAUGAAAAGCAUGAUGGACCCGAACGACAAGCAGCAAGUCGACAACCGCUCGUCGGUGAAGCGGGAGAAGAUCGCCGAGGCUUACAACGGCGCUUCGGACUCUAACGUGACCUACGAGAUGAAAGUGCAGCAGCAGACUGAACGCUUCCGCUGCGAUAUCUGCGACCUCACCUUCGAGGGCAUGGAGUUCCUCAUCCUGCACAAGAAGUUCCACGGCGGCGACAAGGACUCGUCCAGCGAGCAGCAGGACUCGCCCAAAGACGUCCCCAAGAAGCGCAGGAAGUAUAAAUGCGACCAGUGCGACGUGAAGGUGAACUCGCAGUAUCACCUCGACAUCCAUCACAGCAAGCACGAGGGUCAAGCCGCCAGGAAGUUUGUCUGCGAGGUCUGUGACCGCACCUUCGUGGCCGCACAGUUCCUCAAAAGCCACAUGCAGACUCACUCAGCCAACAGCUCCAUCCACUGCGAGAUCUGCAACAAGACUUUCACCGGCCAGGCCUAUUUAAAGCUGCAUAUGCAACUGCACAACGACAUCAAGAAAUUCAAGUGUUCCAAAUGUGAUGAAACUCUUCCAACUAAAAAUUGCCUUAAACUUCAUAUGAAGAAACAUACUAAAGUUAAGAACUUCAAAUGCGAAUAUUGCGGUAAGCUUUUUGUGUCUAAGAUUACGAUGGAGAAGCAUAAACAGAGCCACGAGGGGCAGCCGAUAGACUGUCACGUGAAGUGUGCGCAGUGCGACCGAACGAUGCACGCCUCGUUGAUACGGACCCAUGUGCAGAGAGCGCACUCGGUCAGCACUGAUGAUGAUGUAAAGAGACCGCACAAAUGCCUGACUUGCGGUAAGAGUUUUAUUGUGAAGAUCAACUUGAACCUGCACAUCCGAGUCUGCCACCCUGACCUGGCCGAGCCCGAGGACGAAGACAGUGAAGUCAUGUCAGAUUAACCUUUUAACCGACCAUAUCAUCAAUAUGUCACGAAGCCCUUCCACUAUGCCAAGCUAUUGAUAAGCAGUAUACAUUGGAUCACACAAAAUCUUUGGCAUGGAAAGCAAUUUACAAUUUUUGGGGGCAGUUUAAUGGUUAAAUACUUAAUUAAUAAGGUUGUAAUAAGUAGUUGAUAAGUACAAUUAUGUAUCUCGUAUUAUUAGUUUCCAUAUUAUACUUUUUUAUGCUAACUGAGAA